GGAAUGCCACUGGUGACACUCUUAGAGAAUACCUAACUCUUCUUUCAGAAAAUGUGAAUUUUUUACAAAUAAAUUCUCCUUGUUUCUCCUGCAGUUGAUUACUAUUAAAUGACCGUUCUCUGCUCCUUCCUCAGGUAAUUAAAUUUAUACUUAAGCCUAGAUCGGAAUUUAUUGAAUUCUUUUUGAGCAGUGUUAAACUAAAAAAGGACAUUGGCUUUGGGGGAACUCAUCCUGGGUCUAUAUUGACAUCCAGGAACUCCAGGGAUUCCAGUUUCUCCAGGCUAGUGCCUAUCCUUUCCAACCAAUACUAACUUCUGAACUAAUCCCAAGGGUUUUGUUUGGGUUUUUUUGAAGAUGUAAACUGAGAACAGAAAUACUGCCUUGAAAAGAGUCCAGGAAGCAGUAGGUUUCAUCUUUCCUCAGCCUGCCAGGCUUUUGGGUAAGUUUGGGAGUGUUGACAGAGUCUUGAGCCCUCUUGGCAGAGAAUAAGGGUCAGAAAGAGAGAAGUCCUUGGGCAGUGGUCCAGCUCCUUACUUGCCUCGUUAGGGAGAAUUCAGCCUUGUCUGUCUGGUUGGCAGGGCACACUUAAUCACCAAGACAUAUCAUUUCAGCAGUUUGCAAAGAAAUUGAUAUGAAGGGACAGCUGCAAGUAAGCCACAACCUAAAUCUGAGGAGAUCAAGCACUCACUUCACUUGGAGGGAAGAGAGAAGGAAGGAAGCCCAGGGCUUAGCAGGGCUGUCAUUCCACUCUGCUAGUGUCCUGUUGUUUUUUUGUGGUGCUAGAGGUAGAAACCAGAUCUUCAUACAUGCUAAGCAUGUGCUCUGCUACUGAGCUACACCUCCAGCCCAGGGGUAUCCUUUGAUGUGCACAAGUUUUUAACUUCAAUCCCUUAUGGAAGGCAUGGGAGAAGACAAGACAGGAAAAUUGGGCAUCACAUAGUCUCAACUAGUCCCCAGGUAUCAUUGGACAGGCCAUGGCUCCACGUUUACGGCGACGCAGGCAUAAGAAACCUCCAUCAGUGGCUCCUAUGGUUGUAACUUCACCCACAGUUGUGACUCCUGUGCCUCUGACCCUUGAAAAACCUGGCCCUAGCAUUGAUGCACUUGGCUUCUUCUCCUUGGAUAAUAAUGUUCCUGGCCUAUCGAAGCUGAUCCUUCAAAAGCUGAACAUGAAAAGCUAUGAAGAAUAUAAGUUGGUGGUAGAUGGGGGUACCCCUGUAUCAGGCUUUGGAUUUCGAUGUCCUCAAGAAAUGUUCCAGAGGUUGGAGGACACAUUCCGAUUUUGUGCUCACUGUAGAGCACUACCUAGUGGCCUUUCAGACUCCAAGGUCCUCCGGCACUGUAAGAGGUGCAGAAAUGUGUAUUACUGUGGCCCAGAGUGCCAGAGGUCAGACUGGCCUGAACACAGGAAGGUUUGUCAAGAGCUCUGUCUUGUGGCUGUGGAUCGUCUCAUGGAAUGGCUCCUGGUCACAGGUGAUUUUGUCUUACCCUCAGGACCUUGGCCAUGGCCAGCUGAUGUUGUACAGGACUGGGAUACUUGGUUUUCUAUGAGAGGGUUACAGCUAGAGGCUACACUGGAUGCUGUGCUAAGUAGCCAUGCCAUGACCGUCCUCUGGGCCAGUGUAGGAAGGCCAAGGCCAGAGCCAGAUGUUCUGCAGGGGUCUUUGAAGCGGCUGCUGACAGAUACCCUGUCACGGCCCUUGACACUGGGCCUAGGACUUAGGGCCCUGGGCAUAAACAGUGGAAAGACUGGGAGAAGCACAGUGCAUGUGGUUGGUGCUUCCCAUGUGGAGACAUUUCUUACUGGAUCUGGGGACUAUAAUGAGCUUGGCUAUAUGUUUCCUGGACAUCUUGGCCUCCAUGUGAUCAUGGUGGGUAUAGAUGUGGCUACUAGCUUUUUACAGAGCACUGGAUCUUCAACUCCAGAAACUGGCACCAUUCUUCUUAGUGGCCACAGGGGCCUCUAUCAUGACUUCUGGGAGGAACAUGUAGAGACUGGGCAGAUAGCCCAUCCAGAUAUGGCAGUGGCUUUCCAUCCAGGUUUCCAUGCCUCCCCAACCUUGAUGGAAACUUGGCUACCUACCUUGCUGCUACUUCGUGACUAUAAGAUCCCUACAUUGCUUACCGUCUACAGCCAUCAGGAAUUGGCAGCCUCUUUGCAGAUUCUGGUGGACCUGGAUACACAUAUCAUUGCCUGUGGAGCUAAUCCUUUCGCAUCCCUCAAGCCUGAACAGGUCUAUUCCAACCCCAACAAGCAGCCAGUAUACUGCAGUGCCUACUACAUCAUGUUUCGUGGGAGCUCCUGGCAGCUAGAUAAGAGGCAAUUAGAAGAGAACAUAGAUGGUGGCGUUUAAAUGGCUGAGCCAGAUCCUCACUAGACUCCUGGAAAAUGGGAAAGCUGUGAUAAGAUUAUACUGCACAUGCCAAGUUGUUGCCAACACUGAAACAUACUUUGUUCUAAAUCUCAUUGACUGUCCAGGUAAAAAGUCUUAAGCUGAAUGAGAACACUAGUAUGAUGUAACUUAUUUCUAAGAGGUUAGCCACAAGUAGCUUCUAAGAUAGGAUUCUAGAUUUAGUAGGUGGCAAAAAGCCCUGGUGUCAGUCUCCAGAGUCUGGAGUUCUUAAUAGUUUCCUUUGUGAGUAAAUUGUACCUUUGACUGGAACCAGAUAGCACUGAAGAGAAGAAUGUGAACUACCUUAUUCUUCUGAAAAUGAUUCUUCGUAUCCUGCAAUUGGGGUUAAAAAAUGGAGAUGUUGAUGACUUGAAAGUGAUGAGAAAAUGGACAUCAGGAAAGUUUUGGGAAUAUAGGGAAGGUUGUAAGUAUUGGAACCCUCAUAUUUCCUGCUGCCCCUCCUCCCAAGAAAUGUCUCAUUUUCCUAUUGUCUUUUGGGGAAUUCUGACCCUAAAAUGGACCUGGUGGUAUAUUUGAGUUAUCCCAGGUUAUAUCAAACUUUACCUGAAUUCAUUGGAGUUAUCUCCUGUUCUGUACUACAAUAAAUUCAGUUUUGAGGAUUUUU